AUGGGGUUUGAUCCACCAGCUCAGGACGGGGCUGGAAGAACUGCGCUGGGUUACUGCGCUGAGUAUGGCCAGUUUGAGCACGAGGUCUGCGCGGAAAUAAUUCUGAGCCAUGGGAAAGCAUUGGAAGCGUUGAAGUGUGUCUCAUGGUCUACGGAUGACGGGUGUACUCCGCUCUUGUUGGCAAUCGACAAAGGCCACGAAGAAAUGAUCUUUGGUUACUUGACACUCCUGGUACACGAGAGCCCAGAUUCUUGGAUGGGGAAUUUGCCCGACGUCAUCGAGCACAGCGACUCUAAGGCCGUAAAAGUACUGCUAGAUCGCGGGGCCAAGUACUCAUUUGAGCGCAUUGUACUUGCCGUCAGAAGAGGACAACUGGACGUCAAGAACCUGUUUUUGGAACUGGUACACAGCUAUGUGGCCGAGUUUCCAAAAAACACGAGAGAAUGGCUGUUGAAGCUGGCGGAGGAAGACGACCAGGACACCUUGCAAGCACUACCCGAUCACGGCGCCUCAGUUGUCUAG